AUGUCCUGUGUUAUAGCCGGGGCGCUGUUCGCCCGCCGCGACCCGCGACUUCUGAAGAUUCCCCCGUAUCUUUCCUUAUUGUGUAUCGUGGUCGGCGUCGCGUGGCUUUUUAUGCUGCCAUUGAACGAGUACUCGCGCCGGACGUACAUAUCCGAGAACGCCCUUCUUCCUGGCCAAGUGCACACCUACUUUGGCGGAAGCGACCAGAACGUCUUUCGUGCCUAUAGACAUGAGGUGUCGGCACUGGAGAACAGCACCAAUGCCGAGGUCAAUGACAAGCUCGAGAGUAUCUUUAGGGGGAUUGGACUCAAGGUCGGACGGCAAAACUAUACUUAUCACUCCUCUGGCAACACAUAUUCUGGCGAGAAUGUGUACGCCAUUCUCCAGGCCCCCAGGGGCGAUGCGACCGAGGCCAUUGUUCUGGUCGCUGCCUGGAGAAACGUCAAGGGAGAGUUCAACCGCAACGGCUUGGCUCUCGCCCUGGCCUUGACGAGAUACUUUAAGCGCUGGUCUUUGUGGUCCAAAGACAUCAUUCUGGUUGUUCCCCCAGAUAGCCGUUCGGGCACCCAGGCCUGGGCUGAUGCGUACCACGACGGGCAUGACUCCUCCAAAGUUGCCUCCCUGCCAAUCAAGUCUGGUGCCCUGCAGGGAGCCGUUGCCAUUGAUUACCCACAGGAAGGCCGCUUCGAGGGCGUUCACAUUGUGUAUGAUGGCGUCAACGGGCAGCUUCCCAACCUUGAUUUGAUCAACUCUGUCGUCAACAUUGCCAGCGGGCAGAUGGGAAUGGGCUCAACAAUACAAGAGAUGUGGCGGCACUCGGACAAGUAUCCAGACCGCCUGAAGACAAUGCUACGAGGUAUGCUCAACCAAGGCCUCGGCCAUGCAGCUGGUCCUCACAGUUCCUUUAUUCCCUAUCACGUCGACGCCAUCACGAUUCAACCCAUUGGCAAUGGCUGGCACGACGAGAUGGGACUCGGCCGCUUGAUUGAGGGUACAUUUAGGAGUCUGAACAAUCUGCUGGAGCAUCUGCACCAAAGCUUUUUCUUCUAUCUGCUCAUGCACAAGGAGAGGUUUGUGAGUAUUGGUACAUACCUGCCCUCAGCCAUGUUGAUUGCAGCCAAUUUCACCAUUAUGGCAAUCAACCUUUGGAUCAGGAGCGGCCACGAAGACGAGCUAGUAACCACCGCGGACAAGCAGGAGGCAGGAACACCAAGUACGACAGCUGCAGAGCGAGAUCUUGUUCUCCCGCUCGGAUUCGUCGCUGCAGUGCAUUUUCUUGGAUUUGUACCCCUCUUCAUCUUUAGCCACGCGCCAGCAACCUUCCUCGAGCCUAUCCACCACGGUUUUACCAUCUUCACUGUGGCGGCCCCCUUUGUUGCGUCUCACGUCCUCGCGUCGCAGUUCACUCUACGGAAACAGCACUACCAACUACUAUCAUCGUUCUCGCUCCUCUGCCUCGGCAUGUUCCUCUCAGCCUUGGCAACACUAAAUUUCUCCCUGGCAUUCCUGGUUGGCUUGCUUUCAACUCCUCUGUCCUUUGCUCAGCCCACGCAAAGCCUCGUUAUGAGAUAUGGGUACUCGGCUAUCUUGACAGCGUUAAGUCCUGGCGUUGUGGUGACGUCUGCAUCCCUUCUCUCCGCUCUUGGAUUGGAUGUCAUAUUGCAGGAAGCAGCAUUCGGGUGGGACGUUUGGGGCAUGUAUACACCCUUGGUCAUAUGGUGCGUGUGGUGGCCAGCUUGGAUUGUUGGAACUUUCGUCGUGCUGGGCCGACCAGUCGAUGAGAAGCUCAAGAGUGCCUAG